AUGAGUGCAAGACCUGUUCAUUUACAUCGAAGAUCUUCUUCCAAAUGGGUUCCUCCAGCAGCUCCAAUUCAUAAUCCGAUUUCAAUUUUUAGAGGGCGAAAUUAUCGGGAGCACGGGUAAUUUUUUUUUGAUUUUCACGUUUGCAAAAAAAACGUUGACUAAAGAAACAUAAUCAUUUCAAUUUUCAGAAGUCGAGUUAUCCGGCCGAAUCAUUUAUUCGAAUCUCCUCGUUAUGAACUCAAUAAUUAUCGAGAUUUCACCGACAAUCAUAUUUCAACUACAAAAUAUUCAUUGUGGAAUUUUGUUCCGCUGAAUAUUUGGCAUCAGAUAUCAACAAAAUAUGCAAAUAUUUAUUUUAUUUUCAUUGCAGGUUAGAGUUUCCGAAAUUUGGAAUCUAACAAAAUUCUUCAUUUACAGUUUUAAAUUGGGUUCCAUUUUUCGAUGCUUAUACAAGAUAUGUUGGACUUAUCCCAAUUACAUUUGUUCUUGGAACAACUUUGAUAAAAGAUGGAGUUGAAGAUUAUCGGCGAUGGAAAUUCGACAACAAGAUCAAUAAGAAGACUUGUCAUGUUUGGGAUAGAGAUAGAUGUGCAUUUCGAAAAACUGAGUGGAGAUAUAUUUUGGUUGGAGAUUUUGUGCAUAUUUCGAAUGAUCAAGAUGUUCCAGCUGAUAUUAUUUUUAUACGGUAAACUAUUUUUUGGUAUACCACAUUUAUUGUUUAUUUUAGAUCAUCGAAUGAAAGUGGAACUUGUUACGUCGAAACCAGCAAUUUGGAUGGUGAAACCUCUUUAAAACAAAGGAUCGUACCACCCAAAGUUUUGGAAUAUUCAACAAAAGAAUCAAUAUUCAAACCUUCUGAUUUUACUGGAAUUGUAACUUGUGAAAAACCUGAUAAAUCGAUUUAUACAAUUCGAGCGAAGAUUGAAUAUGAACCGGGAAAGAGUGAUAUUAUAAUAAAAGAAAAUAUGCUUCUUCGAGGUUCUCGAAUAAAAAAUACGACAUUUGUUGAGGGAAUUGUUGUUUAUGCUGGACAUGAUACAAAAGUGAUGCUGAAUAAUGGAAGAGCACCGCACAAAACAUCGAGUAUUGAGAAAAUGACUAACAAGUUUGUGAAGUUUUGGAAAAUCAAAAAAACUUUGAAAAUUUAGAUUCAUUAUUUUCUGCUUACUCAUGCUUUUGUUCAUGGUGUUAUAUGGAGCAAUUGCAAGUGCAAUUUGGACAAGAAAUCAUCCAGCAAAUCAAGGAGUAAGUUUUUUAUUAAGCGGGAGCAAUUUUAUAUUCUAA